CUCCCCCGCGCCAUGCAUAUCAUACUUCCAGAACAAUGGCAUGGCCGCCUCCCGACUGAGACCUGGCCUAUACUCUCUCUCUCCCUACCCGCGGGAGGGGGACGUCGGACGCGUUCCGUACGGUACGGUACCCGAAGUGCAGCCGCCGCCUUGACCUGCUUUCGGUGCUCAACUCUUAUCAAAUCGCGGGAUCGACGGCCGAUAGGAUCAACUCCUCCGCACUCACCACCAGCUUGGCUUGACUUGACUCACGCUUUUUUUUAUCUAGCGCUUACCAGCUAUCUCUGCUCUGCUACAUAUACAACCAUGUCCCAGUAACAUUGCUCUCAACCCAAUCCCUCAACUACUAUAUAAAAGAAAAACUGCAACCUCCACCAUGGCUACCGCCACCAACAACAUCGUGAUUCUGGGCGCCGGUGUGUCCGGUCUCACCACCGCAUACCUCCUGUCCAAGGAUGCCGCGAACAGCAUCACCGUGAUCGCGAAGCACAUGCCGGGCGACUAUGACAUAGAGUAUACCUCGCCCUGGGCCGGAGCCAACUUUCUCCCGUAUGUCAGCCAAGGGGUAGGGAAAUCGGGAAGUGAACAUGAGCGAUGGGAGCGAGACACCUGGCCCACCUUGCAGGAGUUGACAGAGAAGCAUCCUGAAGCGGGCAUUCAUUUCCAGGAAUCCAUUGUCUACAACCGCACCAAGGACCAGGGCUCCGCCACUGGCGAAUGGUUCGCCGAAUUGGUGCAGAAGGACCCCUGGUAUAAGAAUGUUGUUCCUGACUACCAAGACAUCCCCGCCUCCCAACUCGCCCCCGGAAUCAGCAACGCCUCCAAAUUCACCUCCGUCUGCAUCAACACCGCCAUCUACCUUCCGUGGCUCGUAAGCCAAUGUCUCAAGCACGGGGUGAUCUUCAAACGGGCCGUGCUCAAACACGUCGCUGCGGCCGCAAUCCACCACCACAACGGCCAGCCCGCCGACGUCGUAGUGAACUGCACGGGGCUCUCAUCGCGCAAGCUCGGCGGCGUGCUCGACGACAAGCUCUACCCGGCGCGGGGCCAGAUCGUGGUUGUGCGCAACGACCCGGGAAAGAUGGUGUCGAUCUCGGGAACGGAUGAUGGCGAGGACGAGGUCGUGUACGUGAUGACGCGCGCUGCGGGCGGCGGGACCAUCAUCGGAGGCUCGUAUCAGAAGGAUCAGUGGGAUCCGUUGCCGGAUCUGAACCUCGCGACACGCAUCAUGAAGCGCGCGGUCAAGCUUUGUCCUGAGUUGGUGGGCGAGGGGCAGGGAAUUGAGGGGUUGGAUGUGAUUAGGCAUGGGGUGGGGUUGAGGCCGAUCAGAGAGGGGGGGCCACGCAUUGAGGGCGAGAUGGUUGAGGGGGUCGCGGUCGUGCAUAACUAUGGUCAUGGGGGUUUUGGAUACCAGGCUUCAUUUGGGUGUUCGAGGGAUGCGGUUAGGUUGGUGCAGGAGGCUUUGAGGAGGAAGGAUCGCGCGAAACUGUGA